UCUCUCUCAUCUCUCUCUCUGUAUAUAUACAGUUCAAAGCAUUACCCUUUCCAUACUUCUUCAUUAAUCAAAGCUCCCAUUUUGCUUAGCUCAUCUUCCUUUCCCUCUCUCCUCAUUUUUUCUUCACAAUUCUCUUUUUGCCAGUUGAGCAAAACAAAUAACGCCUCCCUCAGAAACAAAGCCUAUUCAUAUAUACAUAUUUUUAUUUUGUGUUCAGCCAUCAUUUUUGUGGAAGCUCCUCUGUUUUGGUGUUCCUUGAACUGGGUUUUCUUAAUUUUCUUGCCUCUCUGUUUUGGGGGUUGCUUGGGAAGGAUGAAAUCUGUCACGGGGAGCAAGAAAGGUGUUAACACAAUAGAGCAGAAAAGAUCAAAGCUUUACAUGUUUAAAAGAAGUGAAAGGCAACAAAAACACAUGGAAGAUGAUGUGGUUUUCUGGGAGUUUGAGAACUCUGGUUACUACAACAACAGCAGAACAUUAAGGCCUAAACUUGUCUCUCUCCUCUUGGUCUCUCUUCUCUCUUGCACCUUCAUCUUGACUCCUUAUCUCUUUAGCUCCUCUGCGUAUUCUCUUUUGUAUUCAUUUGGCACAGAGAACGAUAGAAUUGUUGCCGCUGCAGAUGUGAAUAGUCCCUUGUGUUCUUCAGUCUCAAAUGGAAGUAUAUGUUGUGACAGAAGCAGCAUCCGCUCCGAUGUUUGCAUCAUGAAAGGGGAUGUAAGAACUCACUCUGCUUCCUCUUCGGUUUUCCUGUACAUCUCCAGAAAUGUAGACGAUUUCAUGAACUAUGUUCCAAACAUAGUUGAGAAAGACCACAGAGAGGAAGAUGUGGAACUCCGACAAGAAAAGAUCAGACCAUAUACUAGGAAAUGGGAAACCAGUGUUAUGGACACAAUUGACGAAUUAGACCUCGUAUUGAAGAAAGAAAAUGCGGCGACGAGCCAUCUUUGUGAUGUUCAACACGAUGUUCCAGCUGUGUUUUUCUCAACUGGGGGCUAUACGGGUAAUGUUUACCAUGAAUUCAAUGAUGGGAUUUUGCCUUUGUACAUCACUUCUCAGCAUUUCAACAAGAAAGUAGUGUUUGUGAUCCUUGAAUAUCACAGUUGGUGGAUCAUGAAGUAUGGUGAUAUCCUUUCACGUCUUUCAGAUUAUCCUGCUAUUGAUUAUAGCGGAGAUAAGAGAACCCAUUGCUUCCCUGAAGCCAUUGUCGGUUUAAGGAUCCAUGAUGAGCUCACUGUAGAAUCUUCACUUGUUCCAGGGAGCAAAAGCAUUGUUGAUUUUCGUAACCUUCUCGACCAAGCUUACUGGCCUCGUAUCAGAGAUUUGGUUCAAGACGAGGAAAGAGAAGCACAGGAGAAGCACAGAGAGAAAAUGUCUUUAUCUCCAUCAUCAGGACACCUGUUAGACCAUGGAAAACAAAUGAUAGAAGCAAAAUCCAGAAAGCCUAAGCUGGUUAUCCUAUCUCGAAAUGGUUCUAGAGCGAUAACUAAUGAGAAUUCAAUGGUGAAAUUGGCAGAAAAAAUUGGGUUUUCUGUUGAAGUUCUGAGGCCAGAGAAAACAACAGAAUUGGCAAGGAUUUACAGAGCACUGAAUGAAAGUGAUGUAAUGGUUGGAGUCCAUGGAGCUGCCAUGACUCAUUUUCUUUUUGUGAAGCCUGGCUGUGUAUUCAUUCAGGUCAUUCCACUUGGAACAGAGUGGGCAGCUGAGACAUACUAUGGAGAACCAGCAAGGAAGCUUGGAUUGAAGUAUAUUGGCUAUCAAAUUCUUCCUAGAGAGAGCUCAUUGUAUGAUCAAUACCAUCGGAACGAUCCUGUUCUUAGAGACCCGAAUAGUGUGAACCAAAAGGGGUGGGAAUACACCAAGAAAAUCUAUCUUGAUAGCCAAAAUGUGAGAUUGAACCUCGGGAGAUUUUACAAACGGUUGGCGCGUGCAUAUAAUUACUCCAUGAGUAGAAGUCAUCGUCGUUACCAGCACCAAUCCCAGUAACUUCUGAAUAGUUGUGUGAACUGUGGUUACAUGUGUUCUGUUAUUCUCUUAUAACUCAUUAUUUAAUGUAUAGACAGGUGAAAAUUGCAUCUAGGAUAUGUUUUGUAGCUGAUUAGUGUUCAUAUGCAUUCUGUGUAAAUUCACUGCAAAUAAGAUUCUUCUUUUCUGGUAAAUAGAAAGAACAUUGAGGCCAUUCCUCUU